GUGGUUCGCGUCAGGUGAAGAUCGCGGUGCGAGCGUUGUCAGAUGUUAAAAGUUGUUUUGUGUAACCAAACGAAACCGUAAAACAUAACUGUUGUUGUAAUUUAUUUAAGUACUAAAACACACGCUACUCAACCAAUAUAUUCAACCAAAGCGAAAACAUGAAGAGUCUGAAAUACCGACUGAAAAAGCAUGAAGUUGCCAUCACAAACACAGACUGGAAUAAGUAUGAUGACAGGCUGAUGAAGGCAGUGGAGAGGAGGGAUGUGGACAAGGUUGCAGCAGUGCUUGGCAAGAAGAGCAUCAUCCCAACAAAACUUGAUGUAGAGGGGCGCUCUGCGUUCCAUCUUGCUGCCACCAGAGGACAUCUCGACUGCCUGAAUCUUAUUCUUAAUCAUGGUGUGGAUGUCACAUCCACUGAUGCCACAGGAAAAAAUGCCUUGCACCUGGCAGCCAGAAAUGGCCAGUCACUGUGCGUGCAGAAACUACUCCAGCACAACUGCCCAGUGGGAAAUGUGGACCUGCAGGGAAGAACAGCCCUGCAUGAUGCCGUUAUGGCUGGCUGCUCCUCCAGUGUGAAGCUGCUCUGUGACAGUGGAGCAUUAGUUAAUGCCAGUGACUUUGAUGGUCGGACACCAUUGGUGCUUGCCACUCAAAUGUGUCAUCCACACAUCUGUCAGCUGCUUUUAGACCGGGGAAGUGACAUCACAGUCAGAGACAAACAGAAUAAGACGGCAUUGAUUCUGGGUUGUGAAUACGCGUGUAAAGAUGCUGUGGAAGUAUUGUUGAAAAAUGGCGCUGAUGUCACUACCAAGGACGGAUUUGGCCAUGACAGUUAUCACUAUGCACGACUCAGCCAAAACCAGGAACUUGUGUCUCUUGUCAAGAGUUACUUGGACAUUGCCGCAAAAGCAAAAGAGGCUGCCAAGAUGGAACAGAAAAGGAGACGGUUGCAGUCUGUGGAGUCAGUCUCUGAGACCUCAAACCGUGAAAAGAUAAUACAGGACCUGGAGAAACAGAAUGAGAGCCAACAGGAAACUCUAAAGAAGUUCCACCAGGAGCAGAGAACACUACUUGAUAAAGUUAACAUGCUUCAGCAGCAGCUCAGCCAGGAAAAGUCAACAGUGGAGGACAUUCACAAUGAGAACGAACAGCUGAAGCUUCAACUCUCAGCCAAAGAGGAGGAGGAAGGAGCGAGGGCCGUGGAGACUGUGAGAAUUCAGCAACGGAGCCUUUUGGGAGAUUACACAGGGCAGUCAGUCAUCAAAGGAAAAGAAAACAUGCUUGUUCGGCAGUCACACAGCUUGGACUCUGCUCAGAUCUUGCAGCCUACAGUACCAUCUCCAUCUUUGACUCGUCCUUUGGAGCUGUCUCGGCCGAAAGCCAGUGAUCCAGAGACCUUACUCCAAGAGCUUGAAUCUGUUCGCAGACAGCAAGAAGCUACACAAGAGGAGGUAGGUCGUCUUCAAAUGGCUUUAGCACGCAAGUCUCAAGAGUGCAAGGAGCUGACCAGAAGGUGCGAGACCAUUAAACGUGAGUCAGACCAGCAGAUACAAGAGCUAGAGGAAGCAAUGGGAGAUGUGCAGAAGAGAAUGUUAGACUCUGAGGCAAAGGUAAAACAGCUUCAGGCUCAUGUGGUGGCAGUAAAGGAGCAUCUAAGUAACCAAGUUGUUGAUGACCUCAAAGCACAGAUAAACGAGGUCAAGGCAAAGUAUGAAGGAGCUUCUGCUGAGGUAGGAAAGGUUAGGAACCAACUGAAGCAGAGUGAGAAAGCCUUAGAAGAGUACAAGAAAAGUGAGGGGCUACUGGCUGUAGAGGUUGAGAAGCUGACUGCAGAGCUGAGUGCAAUGCAAGAGGAGCGUAAGGACAUGGAAGAGACCAUCUUAAACAUUGAGGGUCAAGUGAAAACAGCAGAGGUCAGGUUGUCCUCAAUGGUUCCAGGAGAGAAAUUUGACAACAUGAAGAACCUUCUCACCAAUGCUGUGGAUGAAAAAGAGCAACAGCUGGCAGAGCUAAGAGACGAUUAUGACCGUGUGCUGGAGGAAUUGGCAGAGCUCCACCGUGCUAUGGAUGAUCGGGAAACUGUCCCCCUGCAAGAGCAUGAGCAAGUCCGAGUCACUCUGGAGGAGCAGAGCUCAUCCCUGAAGAAAAAACUUGCUGAUGUCACUACAAAGUGUCAGUCAUUAAUCUGUGAAGUGGAGGAAGGUGAGGAUGAGAGAGAGCUUCUCAGAGAGGAGCUGCAGGAACUCGGCAACAAUAUGAAGACCAAGUUUGUGAACUUGGAAAACCACAAGGAGGUGAAGAGAUCUAUGGGACUUGCUGUGGAGGAGUUGAGGGUCAGGUUAGCGGAAGAGAUGGAGAAGAGCAAUCAGGCUGAGGAGCAUCUUUGGAGGCUGCAGGAAGAGAAGGCCUCUCUCUGUGAGAAUAUUGCCAACAUGAGAUGCACAUACAUUCCCUGUGAGCAGUAUGAGAGUGAGAUGGCUGCACUCUUGGUAAAGAACGCAGAGCUGGAGAGUGAACUUGAGAGCCUUCAUGAUAAAUACCAGGAGAAAGUGAAUGAACUUGAGAUAGCGGCAGCUGAAAAUGUAUCAUUAAAGCAGAGCUUUGACGUAAAGUUUGUCACAAAGGAAGAGUAUGAAAGAGUGCAGACAGAGUUAGGUAAAGCUUUGCAGAAAGCGAAGAUUGAAAUUGCCAAGUUGGAAGAAGAUUGUAGAGUUCGGGACGUGGAGCUGGAGAAGCUGAAAGAAGGAAAUACUACGUUGAAAGAGGAAUUUGAGAAUGUCCAGGCAAAGUUAGAAAAUGACUAUAUAAGCCUUGUGGAACACGAAGUGGUCAAAAGCAAAAUGAGCAAUGAUUUAUCAGAAGCAGAGGGAAGAGCUAAAAAUGCCUUCUCAAAGUACCAGUCUGCACAAGAGUGUGCCUCAAAGCUCCACGAGGAAAUCGAAGCACAGAAGAAAGAGCUGAACACUAUCCAAGAGGCUUUUCACUCAAAGUUUGUGCCAUUGACCGUUAUAGAGGAAAAAGAGAUGAAUUUCAGUGCUGCUCAGAGGAACUUGACAGAUAAACUUGCCAAAAUGCAGGAGAUGUACAAUGAUGAAAAGACCAAAGGGGAAUGGCAGAGGCAAGAGAACAAGAAAUUGAAAGAUGAAGUGGCAUCUCUGCAGCAGGAACUUCAAACAGGGAUCGUGUCCAGUGAAAAGUACAAAGAAGCAGAGAAUCACUACCAGGGCCAGGUGGAGGAGCUGAGUCUGAAGUUGGUGGAAUUAGAGCAGCAAUAUAAAGAGGUUACUAUCCAGAGAGCCGAACUUGAAGAACAAAACACUUUGUGCAACACUGAAAUCCAGAGUCUCCAGAACAGACUGAACAGUGAGUAUGUCCAUCUGGAGCAGUUUGAGGCUAUGCAGCACUCUCUAAGUGGAAGCCUGCAGGAGGCACAGAAGAAAUGUGAGGGCAUCCGUGAAGCUCAGAGACUAGAAGUCCAGCAUGUACAUGAACUAGAGAAACAGCUCCAGAUUCACAGCUGUGAUGAGGGUCUAAAGGCCCAAUACAGCCAGGCUAAAGAGGCUCUGGAACAUGAGGUCAAUGAGCUUCGCUUAGCACUGCGGGAGGAAGAGGAAACCAGUGCCCAGAGAGCAGAGGAUAUAGCCACUCUGCAGACUGAGCUUCUCAGAGCAACACAUGCUCUGGAUGAUCUCCGUAGCCACGAGGAACAGAUGACGGAGCUCAGAGCCGAAAAGCGCAGGCUAGAGAAGGAGGUCCUUGAACUUGGAAACCGGCUAUCAGGGCUGGAUGAGCAAUAUGAGGAGCUGUACAGGGAAACAGCCCAGGCCAGGGAGGGUGAAAAGAGAGCAAGAGCAGAAACCGAGGCACUGCAGGGAAAGAGUGCCUCCAUUGAAAAGGAGAUCAGGGAUCUGAAAGAGAGAUACAGUGAAUCUCUCGGCACCAUUGGAGAAUUGCAGAAGAGGAUUCAAGCAUCCUCUGACCAAAUUGAGCUCAAAGACAAAAGGAUCACAGAGCUGUUGGCAGAUGUUGAAAGGCUGAAACAGGCUCUGAACGGCUUAUCCCAGCUGGCUUAUGCUGGCAACACGCCCAACAAGAGACAGACUCAACACAUUGACACACUCCAAGCCCAGGUCAAGAGCCUCCAGCAGCAGCUGGCUGAUGCUGAGAGGCAACACAGAGAAGUGGUUUCAAUUUAUCGAACUCAUCUUCUCAGUGCUGCUCAGGGUCACAUGGAUGAAGAUGUCCAGGCUGCGUUAUUGCAGAUCAUCCGAAUGAGAAAGGGUUUUGUGUGUUGAACUCAACAUGUUGACACUGCACUGACUCUAAUUCAUCAUUCACACUGUAACCUUCAGUUCGGCUCAGUAUAGUUUGAUACUGCUCUGGACAGCUUUGGUCCAAAAUUUACAGUUUGAAGGGUUGAAUUAUCCUAAUUAGGUUCAAAUAUACUUUCAGGAAGUGUUAAUCUACAGCCUUAGUGCUACAAAGAGGAAAAACAGUUUGUAAUAUUAAUCAGGGUAAACUGAUAAACAUGAAAAACAGUAUAGAUUUGUUUAGUCUAUUUUAUUCACAUAUAAGCGUUUUGGCUUAACUGUGCUAUAGAGUAGUCUGAAUGUUCUGAUCAUUUGCUGAAAAGUCUUGAUUAAGAGGGCAAAGCUAAUGGCAGUCAUUGAGGACUGUGGUAGUGGAUGCUGUAUGGCUUCAAAAUGCUCACUCCUUGAUGAAGACUAAUUUGCCUCUUUUCAUGUUGAAAUAACCUGGCUAUAGCCAGUCUUCUAAAGAUUGCAAUGAAAAUUCCUUUAUUCCACUCUCAUAGCCUCGGUUUUAGUCUCAUCCUCUUAGCUAUGAAUGCAGUGUAUUAAUGAAGUACUCUUAGGCCCUUUAGUGUGAUUUUAACAAAAAGCUGAUUUCAGACCAGCUUUGAGUCCCCUGCAAAGGUUACAGUAAUGACUUGGUUAGAGGAAGCUGUUCUCAGAUCACUAGGGAAAAUGCUUUAAUAUACUGGUUGGUACAGAGAAAGUUCUUGGGCCAACUACGUUUUAUGAAAUGCAGGGACACUUUUUUUUUCGCAUAUUGUUUCAAUAUCCUGCAAUAUACACAGAAUAAUACUAUACUCUUAUUACAAGCACGUAAGAGCAAUCUUGCACAGCUCUGUUACCUUAUAAAUAUAAUUUGCGCACACUGAUUUAAGGAUGGACUUGUGGUGUACAGUCAUCAUGAAAGAUCACAGCAUAUUUUGCAACUCUAACAGUUUUGCUAGGAACCAUGUGUAUGUACUGCAUGGUGUUUUUCAACUGUGUGUGAUGUAUUGGAGUCAGUCUGUGUCUAUUGGGUUGGGUGAUUAUAGGAUGGACUAGUUCUUUUAAGUGUUCAGUAUAUGUAAAAUUGCUUUGCUUUUGCAUUGAUAAGAGCCUGUAACAGUAGCAGGUGCAGGUCACAUCUCAUGAGAUUGCAUGAGCAAAGCAUUUAACAUUACUGAAGGCUUUGAAUUGCACACUCUAUCCUUCAUUGUCCUGUAUCCUGGUUGAUAUUGCCAUCUAGUGGUGUGACUUGGCUGGCCAAGUUUGAUGUGGUGUUGUGUGCAGGAGAAUGUAAGGCAUUUAGGAAUUCUCCUUUGGAUGCUUCCCGAAUCAGAUAUAUCGAUUAUUUUUUCAUGGCUUUGUACUACUUUUUAUUAAUGAACACCAUAUUUGUGGCUACUAUAACAAAAUUCAGCAGGACUGGAGUAGAAUGGCACAAUACAAUCUGUUCAGGUGUCAGAACAUGACUAAACUGACAUACUUUAUAUUUUGUAGACACUUUUUUUUUUCAUCUAAACUGUCAAUUUUAAGUCAAACUAUCCUUGUAUCCUAUUGAUUUCCCAAUCAGAUAUUAUUAAAUUAACAGCACUCUCUGAGUUUCCUUCCACAUGGUUUUGCCUGUAUUGAUUAAUUUAAGAAAAACACUACCUUAAAGCCAUUUGAUUUGAUUGGUAUUAAGACUAUUGAUUCUCUCUGUUGGUGAUAACUAAUUGUAACAGUUUCAUUAUUUAUUAGGAUUACUUUCUAACUGUGCUCUUAUGAUUCGGUUAGUUUGUGGUUUUCCUUCAUGGACGUUUCUCUUCUUUUUCUUUUUGUUUUGCAAAAUUUUGAGACUAACAUCAAUAAAAGUGCCUGUUUUAGACUAAAUUGACUCUGUGCAAAUGAAAAAAAAGAAAAGAAAAAGAGAAAUCCCAGCAGUAUCGGAGUGUCAUGAAGUGAACCUUGCCUUUGGCAGGCCUUUUCAGCCCCUCUUACUCUCCUUGAAGUUAGCAUAUUGUAUUUAUUUUAAAUACAGUCAAAUCAAGAUUGAGAGCCCCUUUUUCUCUCAUGUGGUUUGCAUUGAUUUGUACCUCAUUGUUUAACUCACAAAUACCUUUCUUCAAAAGCAAAG